AUGGCGGAUAAAAUCCCUACAGUUGUUGAGUCCGGCCUGCUAAACGGCGGCAAACGCUCUGUCCUGGACUCUGAGCUCGGCCCUGGCUCCACCACAUUCCCUCACUACCACACCCUUUUCACCGAAAACUUCAAAUUGCUCUCCGGCUCCUUAUCCGUCGUUGUAGCGCCAGAGGGUGUCAAGGAAGUUGACGCCAUGAAGAAGUAUGAGCUCAAAGUUGGAGAGUCCAUGACGGUCCCGAAAUCCACAGCGCACACCUUUGUUGCCGGCGAAGAAGGCUGUCGAUGCCUGGUGACAUUUGAGCCUGCCACGGUGAACUUUGAGCGAGUUGGCCUCAUCAUGCUAGGCCUUCAGGCAGACUCGGAAUACUCUUCAUGGGGUGGGGGUCCGACCGAAGCAAACGCGCUCAUGGUUUCUGUUCUUACCGAACUUACUGAUUCGUAUCCAUUACUUGACAAGGAUAACGAAAUGCUGCAGAAGCAGGACAAAGAGGCUCACGAAAAGUUCAAGAAGCAUCUUAUUGAGAAAUAUGCGACGGACGAUAUGAUUAAAGCGGCUGUGGCCAAGGUCACUGCAUCCGCUUAA